UACUUUCUCUAUAUCUUGCGGUCAGGUUAAGUCGUUUAAUUUGAGUAUAAAAACCGAAUGAGGGCAUCAGAGAUCAUGUCAUUUUCUUAACAACCUUUCAUAGUUAGACACCUUAUAUCUUUACUAAGCAAAGCGAUUACAAACAUGAAGGCUUUUAUCUGUCUCUUGGUCUUGGCUGCUAGUGCUAACGCUGGAAUUCUUCCUGAAAGCGGUGGUGGUGGCGGUGGAUACUCUUAUGGCGGAGGACAAGAUUAUGGUCAUGGUCCAGAAUCCAGUAUCAUUAAAGUGAUCCAUGAGCAAGCUUCAGGAUAUGGUGGCCAUCAAGAACAGCAUUCUCAUCAUGAUUCAGCUCCUGCGGCAAUUAUUAAGGUCAUUCAUGAAGAAGCUCAGUCAGGGGGUCAUCAUGAACACCAUCAGCAUGUAGAAGCUGCUCCUCAAAUCUUCCAAAUUAUUCACGAAGAUCAUGGACAUGGAAAUGGCAAUGGAUAUGGACAAGGACAAGGCCAAGGACGUGGAUUCUCUGGUCAAUAUGGGCCUUCCCAAGGACAAGGCCCAGCACACGCAGUUGUCCAUGUUCAAGUUAUCCAUGAACAUGCUGGCGGUGAUAUCGGUGGAUUCGCUCAUGGAGGCAGUGGCGGCGGUGGUGGUGGUAGUGGUUUUGGUGGUAGCGGUGGAUACUCCUAUGGAGUAGGACAAGAUGCCCACGAUCAUGGCCACGGCCAUGGUGGUAGCGGCCAAGAAGUUAAGAUCAUUAAAAUUAUCAAUGAAGAUCACAGCCAUCAUCAUCACCAUUAAUCUGAGAGUUACGAGUGUGCCUGAUUGUUUUGUAUAGUCUAUUGUUAAGAUUGUUAUUAAUUUUUUAAGUUAUAAUAUAAUGAAUAUUUUAUUGUUACAA